CCCAUUAGGUGAGGUUUGGUUAAAGUGUGACUGGAGUUAAACCUCAUGUGAGCCUACUGUGCAGGUUUUAACCAGCAGGAUAUAUACAGGUAGGGAAGUAGAUGCUCAGUUUUAGAGGACCAACACAUCACAACACUGCAGCUGAAUAGACUUCAUACAAUAACCAUGAGGGUCAUCAACUUGGGUCCAGACCCAUCUCUAGCAUAUCGGCCAAACCUGGACAAAAAUGAAGCCAAAGAGAAGGAGGAAUACAGAAACUUUGAGGAUGGAAGUCUAAUUGACCGUGUGUUCAACACGUACAAGCUGAUGCACACCAACCAGACGCUGGACUUUGUGAAGCAAAAACAUUCUGAAUGGACCAGCUGCAACCACACUCAGAUGGGGAUGAUGGACAUUAUUAUGUCUCUAGACCAGCUGGUGGAUGAGUCCGAUCCUGAUGUGGACUUCCCCAACUCGUUCCAUGCCUUCCAGACUGCUGAGGGCAUCCGUAAAGAGCACCCUGACAAAGACUGGUUCCAGUUGGUGGGUCUUAUCCAUGAUGUUGGGAAAAUCAUGGCUCUUUGGGAUGAACCCCAGUGGGCUGUGGUGGGGGACACCUUCCCUGUGGGCUGCAAGUUUCAAAAGUCCAUUGUGUUCAGAGACAGCACCUUCCUGGAUAACACUGAUGAUAAAAACCCAUACUACAAUACUGAACAUGGGAUCUAUGAACCCAACUGUGGGCUCGAACACGUCUUCAUGUCCUGGGGUCAUGACGGUAAGAGAGGUCAUCCCAUUAAAACAUAUAAAUGUGUACCACUGUUAAAUAGCUUUUUAACUAUGAUGCUGUACUUAAUUCCUGCAUUUUUGUCUUCAGAGUACCUCUAUAGAGUUAUGAAGUUCAACAACUGCACCAUACCAGAGGAAGGGCUUUACAUGAUCCGCUUCCAUUCCUUUUACCCCUGGCACUCUCGUGGAGACUACAUGCACCUGUGCAAUGACAAAGACCUUCGAAUGCUGCCCUGGGUCCAAGAGUUUAACAAAUUUGACCUGUACACAAAGAGCCCCAAUCUGCCCAACGUUGAAGAGCUGAAGCCAUAUUACCAGUCCCUGAUCGACAAGUACUGCCCUGGUAUACUGAAGUGGUGAAACAGACACGCAGCAAUGAAAGGCUGUCAAGAAAUAAGCACAUAGAGAUGAUCACAUACUGUACAUAUAACACUGUAGCUGCACUUAGUACCUUCUGUACACAUAUUACUUAUCACCAAAUAUAUUUAUAUCAAGUUUCUAACUACUCAGAAUAUAAUUAGAAUAACUAGAUUAGAAUGUCUGAUUUUAUGUAUACUAACAAUUCACGUUUUUAAUGUCAUAAUUCUCAUAAUUAUGAAACACUGACAGAAAAUUGUAUCAUAUUUUAAUAUUAAAAAGUAUUACAUUG